AUGUCAAUCACUCUCCAGGACCCUCGACCCCUUUUGAGAAGCGUUGCUAAACUUGCUGCCUUCAAAGCACCCAUCUUCCGUCCCUUCCAGACUGUCUCCCAAUCCCCACCGCGGGGCCCAAAAAAGACUACGCCUGACAGGCCGAUUCAUCGUGAUCCACCAAUUCUAGUCAACUCAGCGCCAACCUUUUCGUUUGCGAAUCUUACGCUCAGUUGCCUCAAAGUGCGGGAUGCCUGUGCCUGCUCCAUCUGCGUUGACCCAUCGACGAAACAGCGCAAUUUUGAGACUUCCGAUCUCGACGAGAAAGUGAGCGCUGCAAAUGUUGUGCAUGAGGGCAAUAGAGUGGCCAUCGUAUGGAACGAGCGCGGUGGAGCUCACAUCUCGACGUAUGCUGCAUCCGACCUAACACGGAUGGCUAAGGCCAAUCUUCCUCGACACAAGCGUAUUUCGCCGCUGCGAAUUCUGUGGAAUAAAGACGAUUUCGCGAAGAACCAGCACUGGAUUUCCUUUGACGACUACAUGAGUAAUGAUAACGCCUUCAGGUUGUUCAUGCGCAGUUUGUCUAGAUAUGGGCUUGUGUUUGUUAAAGGUGUACCUAGGUCAACUGAAAGCGUAUCACAAAUUGCGACCAGGAUGGGGCCUCUGCGUAACUCAUUCUAUGGCUCAACCUGGGAUGUCCGUAGUGUUCCGGAUGCGAAAAAUGUUGCCUACACCAAUAAGUUUCUUGGGUUUCACAUGGAUCUCCUAUAUAUGGCUGAUCCGCCCGGUUACCAAUUGCUUCAUUGCAUGGAUAACUCCCUACCCGGCGGGGAAUCUCUAUUUUCAGAUGCCGUUCGUGUGGCUCAGAAUAUUUCGGAGGAGGAUAGAGCUGCGUAUGAUGACCUUUGCAAUACUCCAGUCCGAUUUGGCUACUUCAAUGAUGGGCAACGCUACGAAUAUACCCGCCCCACAAUCCAGGCUGAAGGCAACAGUAUGGUCCACGUCAAUUAUUCGCCGCCUUUCCAGGUUCCUCAAUUUGAUUUUAGUGGAAGAGAGGGCUCUACCUUCUCCCGUUGGACAAAGUCCAUGGAAUUAUUCUCCGGCAAGCUAAAUCACCCAGAUGGCAUUUUUGAGUUAAAGCUCAAAGAAGGUGAAUGUGUGAUAUUUGCGAAUAGGAGAGUUGUUCACGCCCGAAAAGAGUUCGAUUUGAAAGCGGGUGAUGAUAGGAAACGUUCUCGCUGGCUACGAGGUGCCUAUGUGGAUGAAGACGCUCUAAUAUCAAAAUUUGAAUAUUUUCGCGAACAGAAUCCAAAAGAAUGGCUUGAAAAAAACUAG